AAGCCACUGAUCUCUGAGGAGAUAGAUCUUAUUGAGCCAACUCUGCUGGAUGAGCUGAUCUGCCACAUUGGUUCUUUGGCCUCUGUGUACCACAAGCCUCCCAAUGCUUUUGUGGAAGGAAGUCAUGGAAUCCAUCGCAAACACUUGCCAAUACAUCAUGGGAGCACUGAUGCAGGUGACAGCCCUGUUGGCAUCACCACUGCCACCAACUUGGAACAGACUCAGGUUAUUUCCUCUCAAGGGGACCUUCUAGGGGACCUUUUAAACCUUGAUCUCGGUCCACCAGUCAAUGUGCCACAGGGAUAGGCAUGGUACAUGGUGGAUAUGUGGCUCCUAAGGUUGUCUGGCUGCCUGCAGUAAAAGCCAAAGGCUUGGAGAUUUCUGGAACAGUUACUCAUCGUCAGGGGCACAUCUAAAUGGAAAUGAACUUCAACAACAAAGCUCUGCAGCAUAUGACAGCAUUUGGCAUUAUCCCUAGCACUCCUCUGGCCAUCCAUACACCAUUGAUGCCAAAUCAGAGCAUUGAUGUCUCCCUGCCUCUCAACACUUUGGAUCCAGUCAUGAAGAUGGAACCUCUGAAUAACCUACAGGUAGCUGUGAAAAACAAUAUUGAUGUCUUCUACUUCAGCUGCCUCAUCCCACUCAAUGUGCUUUUUGUAGAAGAUGGCAAAAUGGAACGCCAGGUCUUUCUUGCAACAUGGAAGGAUAUUCCCAAUGAAAAUGAACUUCAGUUUCAGAUUAAGGAAUGUCAUUUAAAUGCUGACACUGUUUCCAGCAAGUUGCAAAACAAUAACGUUUAUACUAUUGCCAAGAGGAAUGUGGAAGGGCAGGACAUGCUGUACCAAUCUCUGAAGCUCAUUAAUGGCAUUUGGAUCUUGGCUGAGCUACGCAUCCAGCCUGGAAACCCCAACUAUACGCUGUCGCUGAAUUGCAGAGCUCCGGAAGUCUCUCAGUACAUCUAUCAGGUCUACGACAGCAUUCUGAAAAACUAAUAGACUACUCUGGUGCCCUCCGGCCACCCUGCGAUGGGUGCAAGCCAAGAACUCUUAGCUAGAAGAAAUUGUUUUGCCGAAUAGAAGCUGAACCUAAAUACACUGAGGCCACCCACCAAGGUAGUGACUAAUCUAACCUGUGCUCAAUUAGGCCGCAACCUGCUGGAUCGUGUUAGCUUUCUGUGAACUCUGUAACCACCGCUUCAAUCACUUCCCACCUCUGCCUCCUGCUGCUGCUGUCUGUCCUUACUUGUGGGCUUCUCCAUUCUGGGCCAAUGGCUGGCAUUUUUUAGCGUAGUUUAAUAUUUUGUAAUUGAGAGUUCGUUUCAAAGCAGAAAAAGACAAAAAAUAUUAAAGCAAGGAAAAGUGUCAUUGAAACGUAAGCUGCACUUUAUUGUUUUAUAUUUUUGUACAUAAGAGAAAUCGAGGGAGCAGUAAUCAUUGCUAGAAAGUGUCAAGAUAGCCGGCCAUCAUUCCCGCACAGGCCUGGAGGAAGACAGCUACUUGCCUGCCCUCUAUGGCAACCUUGCCCAUCAUUUGGAUUUUCACUUUUUUUCCCUUCCAAGCUCCUUUCCUUUGUGAUUCCCCCUGCUCUGUCUUAUCUUCUCAUUUGAUGCCCUGCAGUUGGGAAUGGUGGUCUACCCUGAGUGCUGUUUAGGUGCAGGAAUAGGGCCUGUUGGUACCAAGGCUGAGAGAAAUCAGAACUUACUACAUUCCUUUCCCCUGCUCUGACCCAUUAGUGACACUACUAAGGAAAUUGGGUAGAGAUGUGGGAAACAGGAAC